AAAUUGUAAGGAAACCCAGCAAACCGAAUAUUACUGUCAAUAAUUCAGUAGCCCAGUUUGAGGAGGAAGUUUCUUACAUGUACAAUAAUGGUCAAAAUUUUCGUUCGAUUGCUGUGGAAGAUGCUGCGCGUCCUCAUCUGGGUGGAGCAGCUGGUCUGGCGCUGCGUCCGUCUGCAUCGUGUCCGAAUCGUGCAAGUCGUCCAUCCUCUGUCCGCUGCUCUAAUGCUACUAACUGUUGGAUUCUUUGUUACUUACGAAAUGUUUUACAUCCUGCCCGAGUGCUGCGACGUCUCGGGCAUCUACUACAAGCUACACUGCCUGCUAAUACUGUUCUUCAUCCACAACAUCGUUGGCAAUAUGUGCAAGUGCUGGCUGACGGACACCAGCUUCGUGGGCCUGCCGCCCGACCGCUGGAAUCCCCUGCCGGCGGAGGCGCCGCUGUGGCACCUGUGCACCUUCUGCCAGAUGCUGGUGCCGCCGAGGGCGUGGCACUGCCGGCUCUGCAACUGCUGCAUACUGAAGCGGGAUCAUCACUGCAAUGUGGUGGCCAAUUGCAUCGGGCAUGCGAACCAGCGCUACUUCGUGGCCUUCCUCCUGCACUUGUCCCUGGGCAGCUGCACCGCCCUGGUCUACAAUGUCUACCACAUGUUCAGCCAGAAGGCCCGCCUGAGCGACCCCAUUGACUUCGUGAGCAUGUCCAUGGGCCUGGGCCAAACAGAGCGCGCAUAUAACCUAUUCAAGAACCAGACUCUCAGCCCGCACGUCAGCUGGCUGAUCAUCACCGGCGGCAUACUCAAGCUGACCAUAUUUGCCACGGUGCUGGCCACGACGCAUCUGGUCAUGCAGCUGGUGAUGGUGUGCCGCGGCAGCUGCAUGUACUAUGUAAAGGAUCGCAGCUACGACCUGGGACUGUGGAAUAAUCUGCGAAACGUUUUGGGCAAGCGAGUGCUGUGGAUUGCGCUCUCACCCUUUGUGUCCAGCCCCUUGCCCCACGACGGGGUCCAGUGGCUGGUGCCCAGCCAGCUCAGCGGCAGGAAGCCUGUAUAAAUGUGAGCGUCGGUCUACGUCAUCCCAUGUGAAUACACACACACACACAUAAUAUAUGCGCAAUUAUUUUAUGCCUUGGCCAAAA